AUGGAUGAUGGCCUGUAUGAGCAAAGGGAAAGUUUACCAGGAAGUAGUGUUAACAGUGACACAUCAGGCUGUGUAUUAGGGAGCAACAAAAACAGUGAACAAGCAAGUGAAAAAACAUCUGAUGAUGAGGAAGAUUUAAGAGAAGAUCUGCAAAAAACUAUUCCUGAAUGCUACAAACCUGAUUCUAAUUUUUCAUCACAUAUCUCUGACAUCACCAAUGAUGAAGAGUUUCAAGCAACAGCACUUUGUCAAUUUAUGGACAUCUUAAAUGAUUUAGAUGAAGUUUUAGAUAAGUCUCUAUUAGCUUGUCUUGACGAUACACAAAACUUUGAUAGUGACGAAGAGGAUCUCAUAUGUAAGAUUAAAGAAUGUAUAGUUGACCCUAAGGAACCAUCAGAAAAUUCCGAUAGCCAAAGUUCAUUGAAUGAUAAUACCCAAGUAGUAAUUGGGGCUGCUACUCAAAAUCCAAAUGAUUUUUGUUUGGAUGAUACAAAUUUAGUACAAAACUUGAUUGAACAAACUCAAUUCACUAGUUUAAGGAGGUCUAAAAGUUUUACAGAGUUGCCUCAAAAUCAUAGGGGUAUGUUGCCACAACAAUUGGAGAGAGUUGACACCAUCAAUGAGAAUUUGAGGAAUUCAAUGAGGAGACUAGAUCCUAUAGUUUUACCUGCCAUUAAUGCAGAACAAACUGCAAUUGAACCCUUAACAUUGCCGGUUAUUCUUUUUUUAGAACAUCAUGUUAACAUGAGACCCACUAGUGCACCAAUACAGUUGCAAGUGACAGCUACGAAUUUAAGCAGUAAUGGAUCAUCUGGACCAUUGAUAGUAGGACGUAGGGCACUGCUAAUGAACCGCACAUUGUCUUUACCGUCUCCUGGUGAUAGUGACAUCACAACGACAGGUUGGGCAGGUUGUCAUACUGCCAGAAGUACAGCAAGAAGUACAAGUACAACGUCAAGCUCGUCUAGUGAAUCUUUGGCUGGUAUAACAACUGCUAUGAAUCAGAAUGCUACAGGGCUUGGUGAAGAGGGAAAUGAAGACACUGAAGAACCCCCUUUUGGGGUUUGGCCGCAUCGUAUGAGCUCAAUGUUGGCUUGCCUUAGUUGUACUGUUGGAAUAUUCAAUAUUUCUAGGUUUGCCAUUUUUAGCGUGCAUUAUGGAGCCAGCUUCAUUCUACAGUUUUUUAUACUUUCACUUUUUACUGGGAUACCAUUAUUUACUCUGCAUUUAUGUCUUGGUCAAGUACUAGAGUCGGGACCUGUUGACAUGUGGCGUAUUUCACCAAUUUUCCAAGGUGUUGGCAUUUCGUUGCUCAUCACACAAGCAGUGAUUGGCAUCUACAGCAUUAUCGGACUAUCGUGGAUAUUCGUUUACUUUCGAGAUUCCUUUAUCACAGCUGACGAUAAGUACAAGUGGGCACUGCCGCAUGAAUUUAAUUCUGAAGAAGUAAAUUUAAAAAACAGCACAGUAAAAAUCCAGGAGACUCUGCCGCAGUAUUUUCACGGAGAAGUUUUGCAGAGGAAUAGUGACUCAUACAACAACUUCGGGACGAUAAAGUUUCAAGUCGCAUUCAACCUGGCCGUCGUGUGGAUGAUUGUGUUCGUGUCCCUGAGCAAGGGUUUAAGGUCGUAUGGCAAGGCUGUAUACAUGCUGAUAUUCCUGCCGAUAUGCGGAACGCUUGUGUUGUGUACAAAGCUGCUUACGCUCAUCCCCUAUGACAGUGUCACUAAUAUCUUUUCGGAGACUGAAUGGAGUGAAUUUUUCAUCAAUAGUAAUAGCUGGGCCGCAGCAGCCCAAGAAACCUUUCUCACCUGGGGCUUAUUGGGCCCCUGUAUAAUGCAACUGACUUCACACAAGGACACAAAGAAUAAGACCAGCAAGGUGCUACAGCGCGAGAGUCUGUGCGUUAUUGCGUUCACUUUCGCUGUACUGUUGCUUGCCUCGUUUUUAGCGAACACGUGCGUUCAGAUACUGAAGAACUACGGAUUUGUUUAUUUACCGAGUAGUUUUGAGACGGUAAAAUCAUCACAAUUCUUAUGGCCUACAUCGGAACCUUUACCGGGUAAUGCGGUAUCAACACCAGUAAGGUAUAUGGGCCAUUACGGCAGUCUCGUGGGCGUCACAGUUUGGAAGAGCGGCAACGCCGGGAGAGUUUACAGCGGGUGGCAACCCUUGCAACUUGCAACACAGAUCGUGCCUGCCACGCUCGCUGUGCUGCCAGCUAAUGUUCUGUCGCCGGCGUGGGCAGUGAUAUUUUUCUUCAUACUGAUAAUGUUCGGCAUCGCGCAGCAGCUAGCCAUCUGGCACUGCGUCAUCGCGGGCAUCAUGGCCAUCAACGCGGACGCACUUAAAAUUUGGGAAACAACCAUCACCUUCCUCAGCUGUGUGUUUGGACUCGCCAUGGGAUUGCUGCUUUCUACUGAUGCGGGCAUACGGAUCGUGCACUUCGCGGACUACGUGUUGGUGGGGUCGUGGUGGCAGUGCGCGGUGCAAGUGUCGCUGGCGGCCGGCGUAUUCGUGGUGCGCGGGCGGCCGUACUCUGCGGACGUAGUGGCCGGCGCGCUGUGUGCCGCGCGCGGACGCCUCGCCGCCACGUUGGCAGCGCUGCUCGCCUUCACCUGGAGCGUGCUGCUGCCCGUGCUGCUCUGUGCAAUAUGCGUUAUGGAUUUUCGAAUUGGACAACAACGUCAGCUGUACACUUGGAGGAAGCCCAUUGGUUACUGGCCUAUAUGGGCAAGACAAGUAGCUGUACUGAUACAGCAAGGGGCAUUGCUGAUAAUUCCCAUAGCGGCGUUUAUACAAACGUGGCGGUAUAUGAACAAAGGACCUCCGGACAUUCUUGAGCGCGUGCAGAACCUGUACCGGCCGCGCAUGGGUAGCGGCGUGGAGGGCUCGCCGCCCGUGCCCGCGCCCGCUCGCCCGCCCGCGCCGCCCGACCCGCCGCCCAAGUACACGCCGCCGCCCUCCUACUCCACGGCCACCGGCGCCAGGCUGCUCAACACGCUGCGCCGCAGCUUGCGCACGCUACGCAGGAUUACUUCAUCACAUAACGAGACGCCGACAGAAGACACAUCACAACUACCCAUCACGUUAAGCGAGAGCGUGGAUCGGAACGCGCCACUCGAAACACAACCACCCGAUUACAGCGGUGUCUUUACAACACCCUCUAUAACCGUCACCGACGAGACUGACUCCAGACCCACUUCCUCCCGGAAUUCGCUAACUUUCACCCGGGAUUAUCUCCGUCGCUCGUUUGUAAGAAAGAGCGAUUCCGCGAAAAGCAUACGUUCCAGUUUACGCAGAAGUUUUAAAUAUGGUGGUGCUUUAUCCACAAGCAAUGAACAGCUGGUGCGCGAUAUAGAACCUAUAUCAAAUACGGUCGCCAUGUCCGCCAUGGUGGCGGAGGCUUCCCCACCUCACACACGCAGUCUUGGCUCUGUUAUUUGA